CAACCGCCUAUAAAAGAUGGAAAGCAAGCAUCUUCGACAGAUCCACAGGCAGGCAUCAGAGAGAGAAAGAGACGGAAGGCGGCUGAGCUGCACGGAUCUUCUUCCCAGCCGAGAUGUACCGGUCCACGAAAGGAGCCUCCAAGGCACGGCGGGAUCAAAUCAACGCGGAGAUAAGGCAUCUCAAGGACCUGUUUGCCCUUGCCGAAGGAGAUAAACUCCGGCUCUCUUAUCUGCAUAUCAUGUCGCUGGCUUGCAUCUAUACUCGGAAAUCCAUCUUCUUCUCCAAAGGUGCAACUCUAGAAGGCUUGGAGAGCAUGCUCUCUUCCCAGGACUUAGACGACUUCAUGCAGACCCUUCCCGGCUUCCUUUUGGCAUUCACGGGCGAAGGCAAACUCAUCUAUGUGUCGGAGAGCGUGGCCGAGCACUUGGGGCAUUCUAUGGUGGAUUUAGUGGCCCAAGGAGACAGCAUCUACGACAUCAUUGACCCGGCCGAUCAUAUUGUGAUGAAGACUCAGUUGGCGUUGCCUUCUCCCUUAAGCACCGAACGUCUCUUCCGUUGCCACUUCAACACUUCCAAGACAAUUCGGCGUCAAAGUGCAGGAAAUAAGCUGAUUCUGAUUCGUGGUCACUUCCACCAACCCCCUCCGGGUUCUUAUUGGUCCACCAAUCCUAUCUUCACGGCCUUCUGCACUCCUCUAGAUCCGAAGCCCAGAAUGGGUCAAAAUGCGUUCUUCCUGUCCGCUUUUGAGAGUCGCCACACGAAAGACUUGGCCAUCAUGGAUAUCUCUGAAAGCGUAAUCUUCCAUCUGGGCUUUGAGAAAACCGAACUCUUCUGCAAAUCGUGGUACGGCUUGAUCCAUCCAGAAGAUCUGAGCCACGCUUCGGCGCAGCAUUACCGACUGUUGGGGGACCAGAGCAACGCGCAAGCCGAAAUGGUGAUCCGGCUACAAGCGAAAGAUGGCGUCAGCUGGAUAUGGGUCUACUCCCUGCUUCGCUUGGAGAACGCGGAGAUCCCCAUCGUUUCUCACAACUACGUCAUAGCGGAUUCCGAAGCCUGGUGCCUGAAACAGCAACUCUCGGCCGAAGGAUCCCAAGGCCCAUACGGUCUUGAAAGCACCACCACCUUCUUGGAAAGUCUUCUAUCUCCUGGACAGCUGUCCAGCCCCGAUCAAGUCUUCACGCCCGCGGCCGGCACGCCUACCACCACUCUCCUGGCCUCGACCUUCGAUUUCAGCACCGUCGGGGUCCCCGAAGGCCCCUCGACGUUCAGCAAGCCUCCGGAAGGGCUGCCCGAAGAGACGAUGGACCCUGGCAAUAUCUCCUCCAUUGAGGACGCCCCGCCAGGUUCCUCCCUCAGCCUGCUGGUCAAAGAACCAGGCUUUGG